GCCGCAGCAGCCGCCGCCAUGCCCCUGGCCUUCUGCGGCAGCGAGAACCACUCCGCCGCCUACCGGGUGGACGGGGGCGUCCUCAACAACGGCUGCUUCGUGGACGCGCUCAACGUGGUGCCGCACGUCUUCCUGCUCUUCAUCACCUUCCCCAUCCUGUUCAUUGGAUGGGGCAGCCAGAGCUCCAAGGUGCACAUCCACCACAGCACGUGGCUCCACUUCCCCGGGCACAACCUGCGCUGGAUUCUGACCUUCAUGCUGCUCUUCGUCCUGGUGUGUGAGAUCUCCGAGGGCAUCCUGUCUGAUGGGCUGAGCACAUCCCGCCACCUCCACCUGUACAUGCCGGCCAGCAUGGCUUUCGUGGCUGCUGUCACCUCCGUGGUCUACUAUCACAACAUCGAGACCUCCAACUUCCCCAAGCUGCUGAUCGCCCUGCUUGUGUACUGGGUCCUGGCCUUCGUCACCAAGACCAUCAAGUUCGUCAAGUUCUAUGACCACAACAUUGGCUUCUCGCACCUGCGCUUCUGCCUCACGGGGCUGCUGGUGCUCCUGUACGGGCUGCUGCUUCUUGUGGAGAUCAACGUCAUCCGGGUGCGGAGAUACAUCUUCUUCAAGCUGCCGAGGGAGGUGAAGCCCCCCGAGGACCUGCAGGACCUGGGGGUGCGCUUCCUGCAGCCCUUCGUGAACCUGCUGUCCAAAGGCACCUACUGGUGGAUGAACGCCUUCAUCAAGACGGCCCACAAGAAGCCCAUCGACCUCCGUGCCAUCGGGAAGCUGCCCAUCGCCAUGCGGGCCCUCACCAACUACCGACGUCUCUGCGAGGCCUUCAACGCGCAGGCGCGGAAGGACACUCAGAGCACGCAGGGUGCGCGGGGCAUCUGGUGGGCCCUCUGCCACGCCUUCGGGAGGCGCCUGGUCCUCAGCAGCACUUUCCGCAUCUUGGCUGAUCUGCUGGGCUUCGCGGGGCCGCUGUGCAUCUGCGGGAUCGUGGGCCACCUUGGGAGGACCAGCAACAUGGCCUUCCCGCCACAGACAAAGUUUCUCGGUGUCUACUUUGUCUCAUCCCAAGAGUUCCUCGCCAAUGCCUACGUGCUGGCCGUGCUUCUGUUCCUUGCUCUCCUGCUGCAAAGGACGUUUCUCCAAGCCUCCUACUAUGUCGCCAUUGAAACUGGAAUUAACUUGAGAGGAGCAAUACAGACCAAGAUCUAUAAUAAGAUCAUGCACCUCUCCACCUCCAACCUCUCCAUGGGGGAAAUGACAGCUGGGCAGAUCUGUAACCUGGUGGCCAUCGACACCAACCAGCUCAUGUGGUUUUUCUUCUUGUGCCCAAAUCUCUGGGCUAUGCCAGUACAGAUCAUUGUGGGUGUGAUACUCCUCUACUAUAUCCUUGGAGUCGGUGCCUUAAUUGGGGCAGCGGUCAUCAUCCUGCUGGCCCCUGUCCAGUACUUCGUGGCGACCAAGCUCUCCCAGGCCCAGCGGAGCACACUGGAGUACUCCAACGAGAGGCUGAAGCAGACCAAUGAGAUGCUUCGCGGCAUCAAGCUGCUGAAGCUGUACGCCUGGGAGAACAUCUUCUGCACCCGCGUGGAGGUGACGCGCAGGAAGGAGAUGACCAGCCUCAGGGCCUUUGCCGUCUACACCUCCAUCUCCAUCUUCAUGAACACGGCCAUUCCCAUUGCAGCAGUCCUCAUCACCUUUGUGGGCCAUGUCAACUUCUUCCAAGAGGCCAGCUUCUCACCCUCGGUGGCAUUCGCCUCCCUCUCCCUUUUCCACAUCCUGGUCACUCCACUCUUCCUGCUGUCCAGCGUGGUCCGGUCCACAGUCAAAGCUCUUGUCAGCGUGCAAAAGCUGAGUGAGUUCCUGUCCAGUGCAGAGAUCCGAGAGGAGCAGUGUGCCCCCCGGGAGCCCCCACCCCAUGGCCAAGGCAGCAAGUACCAGGCGGUGCCCCUCAAGGUUGUGAACCGCAAACGUCCAGCUCGGGAUGACUGCCGGGGCCUCCCAGGCCCACUGCAGAGCCUGGCACCUGGGGCAGACGGGGAUGCUGACAGCUGCUGCGUCCAGAUCAUCGGGGGCUUCUUCACGUGGACACCUGAGGGGAUCCCCACGCUGUCCAACAUCACCAUCCGGAUCCCCCGAGGGCAGCUGACCAUGAUCGUGGGCCAGGUGGGUUGCGGCAAGUCCUCCCUGCUCCUCGCCACCCUGGGGGAGAUGCAGAAGAUCUCGGGGGCUGUCUUCUGGAACAGCAGCCUGCCGGACAGCGAGACAGGAGAGGACCACAGCCCAGAGCGGGAGCUGGUGGCCGAUUCAGACGUCAGGAAGAGAGGCCCUGUAGCUUAUGCUUCUCAGAAACCGUGGCUGCUCAACGCAACCGUGGAGGAGAAUAUCACCUUCGAGAGUCCCUUUAACAAGCAACGGUACAAGAUGGUCAUCGAAGCCUGCUCGCUGCAGCCAGACAUCGACAUCCUGCCCCACGGAGACCAGACCCAGAUCGGGGAACGGGGCAUCAACCUGUCUGGUGGUCAGCGCCAGAGGAUCAGUGUGGCCCGAGCACUCUACCAGCAUACCAACGUCGUCUUCCUGGAUGACCCCUUCUCAGCUCUGGACAUCCAUCUGAGUGACCACCUCAUGCAGGCUGGGAUCCUUGAGCUGCUCCGGGAUGACAAAAGGACAGUGGUCCUAGUGACCCACAAGCUACAGUACUUGCCACAUGCAGACUGGAUCAUCGCUAUGAAGGACGGCACCAUCCAGCGGGAGGGCACGCUCAAGGACUUCCAGAGGUGUGAGUGCCAGCUCUUUGAGCACUGGAAGACCCUCAUGAACCGGCAGGACCAAGAACUGGAAAAGGUGGAGACGCUUGGGGGUCAGGAGACUGUGGUGGAGAGUAAAGCCCCAGAGCCUCCCCAGGGCCUGUCCCGAGCCAUGUCCUCCAGAGAUGGCUUCCUGCAGGAUGAGGAAGAAGAAGAAGAGGAGGCUGCCGAAAGCGAGGAGGAGGACAAACUGUCCUCCCUGCUGCACCAUCGUGCUAAGAUCCCCUGGAGAGCCUGCGCCAAGUACCUGUCGUCGGCUGGCUUCCUGCUCCUGUCACUGCUCCUCUUCUCCCAGCUGCUCAAGCACAUGGUCUUGGUGGCCAUCGACUACUGGCUGGCCGAGUGGACCGACAGCACCCUAAGCGCCAGCCCUGGGGCAGCCAGGAACUGCUCCCUCGGCCAAGACUGCUCCCUCGACCAGAGGGUCUACGCAAUGGUGUUCACGGCGCUGUGCAGCCUGGGCAUCGUGCUGUGCCUCGUCACAUCUGUCACCGUUGAGUGGACAGGACUGAAGGUGGCCAAGAAGUUGCACCGCAGCCUGCUGAGCCGCAUCAUCCUGGCUCCUAUGAAGUUCUUUGAGACCACACCCCUGGGAAGCAUCCUCAACAGGUUCUCCUCCGACUGUAACACCAUCGACCAGCACAUCCCGUCCACACUGGAGUGUUUGAGCCGCUCUACCCUGCUCUGUGUCUCCGCUCUGGCCGUCAUCUCCUAUGUCACACCUGUGUUCCUCGUAGCCCUCCUGCCCCUGGCUGUGGUGUGCUACUUCAUCCAGAAAUACUUCCGGGUGGCAUCCAGGGACCUGCAGCAGCUAGAUGACACCACCCAGCUCCCGCUGCUCUCACACUUUGCCGAAACUGUGGAAGGCCUCACCACCAUCCGGGCCUUCAGGUAUGAGGCCCGCUUCCAGCAGAAGCUCCUGGAAUACACAGACUCCAACAACAUCGCCUCCCUCUUCCUCACGGCUGCCAACAGAUGGCUGGAAGUCCGUAUGGAAUACAUUGGUGCCUUUGUGGUCCUCAUCGCGGCUGUGACCUCCAUCUCCAACUCCCUGCAUGGGAAGCUCUCUGCUGGCCUGGUGGGGCUGGGCCUCACCUAUGCCCUCAUGGUCUCCAACUACCUCAACUGGAUGGUGAGGAACCUGGCGGACAUGGAGAUCCAGCUGGGGGCCGUGAAGCGCAUUCAUGGGCUCCUGAAAACAGAAGCGGAGAGUUAUGAGGGGCUGCUGGCUCCUUCACUGAUCCCAAAGAACUGGCCGGACCAGGGGAAGAUUCAGAUCCAGAACCUGAGCGUGCGCUAUGACAGCUCCCUGAAGCCGGUGCUGAAGCAUGUCAACGCACUCAUCUCCCCAGGACAGAAGAUCGGCAUCUGUGGACGCACGGGCAGCGGAAAGUCCUCCUUCUCGCUUGCCUUCUUCCGCAUGGUGGACACGUUUGAAGGACGCAUCAUCAUCGACGGCAUCGACAUCGCCAAGCUGCCGCUGCACACGCUGCGCUCACGGCUCUCCAUCAUCCUGCAGGACCCCGUGCUCUUCAGUGGCACCAUCCGUUUUAACCUGGACCCAGAGAAGAAGUGCUCUGACAGCACGCUGUGGGAGGCUCUGGAGAUCGCCCAGUUGAAGCUGGUGGUCAGAGCGCUGCCCGGAGGCCUUGACGCCAUCAUCACGGAAGGUGGUGAGAACUUCAGCCAGGGCCAGAGGCAGCUGUUUUGCCUUGCGCGGGCCUUCGUGAGAAAGACCAGUAUCUUCAUCAUGGACGAGGCCACGGCUUCCAUCGACAUGGCCACGGAAAACAUCCUUCAGAAGGUGGUGAUGACGGCCUUCGCAGACCGCACGGUGGUCACCAUCGCGCACCGGGUCCACACCAUCCUGAGUGCAGACCUGGUCAUCGUCCUGAAGCGUGGCGCCAUCCUUGAGUUCGACGAGCCUGAGAAGCUGCUCAGCCGGAAGGACAGCGUCUUCGCCUCCUUUGUCCGUGCAGACAAGUGACCUGCUGGAGCCCAAGUGCCAUCCAGCCCGUGCCCUCCCCUGCCCACUGCCUGCCUGCUUUUCUAACUGUAAAUCACCUGUAAAUAAAGAAAAGAUGAAUUCUUUCCUA